AGGUUAACUUGAUUUUAGCCUGAUCGAAGAAAAAUCAACAGUGGUGUGAAGAAGAUAAUGAGGGAAUAAUAGUCGAUCAAUAUAUUAGUAAUCAGUUGUAUUAUUGUAUUGCAGUGUAUACAGAUGGUUCAAAUGAUACGAUGAAUGGGAAGACGGGAGCAAGUGUAUUUAUUAUUGAAUUCGAUGUUAAUCUAUGCAAGUCUAACAAAUGAUUUGUCUGUAUAUUCAACAGAAAUGUUUGCGAUAAUUGUUGGAUUGCAAUGGAUAGAGGAGGUGCAACCAAGAAGAGUAGUAAUAUGUUCGAACUCUGCAUCGGUUUUGUGUAGUUUAAGAUCUGGAAAGUCAGAACGCGAUGAUUUAUGGUUAGAAGUAAUGAUGCGGGUAUUGGGAUUACAAAGAAAUGACAUUGACAUUUAGUUCGGUUGGAUUCCGGCUCAUGCAGGAGUUUAUGGAAAUAAUAUAGUAGAUAUAACAGCAAAAUGAGCAGUGAAAAGCACUAUUGUGGAUAUACAGGUGCAGUUGGGUAGAGGAGAAUUUAAAACAUUCAUUCGAAAAAAUGGGUUAGAUUGCUGGCAGAGACAAUGGGAUGAAAGUAGGAAGGGCAGACAUUUGUAUAGUACAAGGACAUCUUUACGGGAGAUAGUGUCAUUGAAUGAGAACAGAAGGAAAUUAGAUUAGGGCAUACGGGAUUGAAUUCAUCUUUGAAAUUGAUAGGAAACAUGGUACUAGAAUGUGCAAUGGCUGGAAACGGUUGAACAUAUAUUACUAUUUUGUGAAAUGUGUGUAGAAAGGGAGAGGUUGUUUGACAGGGUCAGAGGUUGGACGGAAGUGGGUGGGGAUGAUGUGAGUGGUGAGGUUUGCACGGAGGUAUUUUAUUUUAUUAGAAAUCCAGGGUUAGUCAAGAGAAUAUACUGUAGUGGUAUAGAUAGGUCGUCACACUCCAGUACAGUAGGUGGCGGUGUAUGCACUUGUCAGUUGAUAGUGAUUUGCCAAUUAAACUUAAAGAUGAAGAAGGGCAACGCAACUAUUGUAGUACAUUUUGUGUCGGCCUGCCUACUUUCUAUAUCCUGGAAACUGUAGUUAGACGAUGUUUUUUUUUCUUUCCAUAUGUAAGACAUAGGCUACACUGUAGCCAAUAUGUUUCUGUCUGUAGAGUGACCAGUUUAGAUUGUUGUAGCAUAUGGUUAUGCAGUGAAACCAUAUUCAACUAAAUCUAAAGACGUUGGAUGUUUUAAUCUUUUGACUUUACAUAAGGUGUCUGAAACAAUGAAAGUGUGUUUCGUCUUGUGUGUGCUGAGCACCGUGGUAGUUUCUUGUUCGGGAGAAUAUAGUCGCUUCGAGAAGUCAUUUAACAAUUCCCCGGGAAUGAUGCAAGUCCUCCGGGAGACGCUCACGGAUUUGUCCCAGGAGGCGCACAGUUACCUGGUCCACCUUGUUGGGGCGCGGUCUGUUGAAACUGCACAGAAGUGUUUCUUUCAGUUGGUCAAGUAUCUGGCUGCGGUAGUGGUCAGUGGCGCAAAUGUGGUUAUGAAGUACCUCACCCAGUUCCUGAGGGCAGCAGGAGUUGAUGUUCAAAUGCCUGUUAACAGUAUCACCCCAGAUGCAGUGGUCUAUAUCGGUCAGUGGCUUCUGCUGGCUCUCAUUGGCUACUGGCUGCUGUCCCUGGCCUUCCGCUUGGUGGCAUCCACUUUGAGGCGGGUCCUGUGGCUACUGAAGCUGGGUGUGGUUUUAGGACUGUUUGGCCUGAUCCUAAGUGACCGCAGCGCUGAAACAGAGACUACGGCGCUGCGAUUGGCCGGCCUGGUGAGCGUCUGCGUCCUAUUGGGUAUAGGGCAUUCUGGCACCAGCGGCGACAAAACCGACCUGGAGGAUCAAGUGAGGGUGCUAGAGAGACAAGUGAGAGAAAUGGAGAGGAGGAGGAGUGAGGGAUGGAUGGAUGGGAAUUGAAAGGCCUUGUUUUGAACAUAAUCUAGGUCUAGGAUCGUAAUCACGACAUUGUACAUAACGUUUUGUUUGCAAAUGUUUUGGUAUCGUUUUGCAAUAAUAAAGCAUUUGCCUUUUUUCUUAAAGAUCCUAUAGUUAUUUUGCGUGUGAAACAGAACUGACAGCUGAUUAGCUUGUUUUCAAGGAGACAGACAACGUCAUUUCUGUUUAUUAAGGUGGAUAUGUGCAUUUCCCACUAUUCUGCUAUAAAUGCUAUUGAUAUUUGUAGAAUAGAAACAUUCCAUAAGGUCUGACGAUAUGGCGUUGGAAAUCAUUUUCUUCCUCACUCCUCUCCAGUUAUGGCGGCACACAACACAAACAAGUUCUCUAAUAAAACAAAUACAUACUUCCUAUUA